GGAUCCCAGAUCAUCAUGGACACGACGCAGAAGGCAGUGAAGCGCCAGGCUAGCUUCUGCAAUGCCAUUACUUUCAGCAACAGGCCCAUCGUUAUUUAUGAACAAGUCAGGCUUAAGAUCACUAAAAAGCAGUGUUGCUGGAGUGGGGCUCUUCGACUUGGGUUUACUUCCAAGGAUCCAUCGAGGAUUAACCCUGACACUCUGCCGAAGUAUGCAUGCCCUGACUUGGUUUCCCAAAGCGGUUUUUGGGCCAAGGCUCUGCCAGAAGAGUUUGCGAACGAGGGAAACAUCAUAGCCUUCUGGGUGGACAAGAAGGGACGGGUUUUCUAUCGGGUGAACGACUCCGCUGCGAUGCUUUUCUUCAGCGGGGUGAGGACGGCAGAGCCCCUCUGGGCUUUGAUCGACGUCUACGGACUUACCCGUGGAGUGCAGCUCUUAGACAGUGAAAUCAUUCCUCCCGACUGCCUGCGGCCCCGCUCCUUCACCGCCAUCCGCCGGCCCUCGCUGCGGCGGGAGACGGAGGACACGCGCCUCUCAGUCAGCCUGUGCGACCUCAACCUGCAGGAGGAGACCUUCCACGUGAUGGCCACCACGUGUCCCAUCCCACAGAACUCCCUCAACUCCCAGCACUCCCACCUCCUCCCCUCCCAGCUGGAGAGUGACCUCCGCUUUCACCACCUCCGGGGACCCCACGUCAAAAUCCUCGAUGACCAAACUGUGGCCCGUCUGGAGCACGCCCGGGAGGAGAGGACUUUGGUUUUCACCAACAGACCCCUUCGGAUCAACGAAACCAUUUUUGUCAAAAUCAACAAGUCCAAUGCUGUGCGCACGGGGACGCUGUCCUACGGGGUGACGUCCUGCGACCCCAGCACCUUGCGCCCGAGCGACCUCCCCUAUAACCCCGAGUCCUUGGUCGACCGAAAGGAGUUCUGGGCCAUCUGCCGAGUCGUGGUGCCCCUCCAGAGUGGAGACAUCCUGGGAUUUAUGGUGAAUUCGGAUGGUGAGCUGCACUUGAGUCACAAUGGUGCCGGCACUGGCAUGCAGGUCUGCGUGGACUGUUCCCAGCCCCUCUGGAUGUUCUUCGUUUUACACGGCGCGGUCACGCAAAUUCGAUUGUUGGGUUCCACCAUAUUAGCCGAGCGGCUGGGGCUGUCUACACCAAGCUCACCCACAUCGACACCCAAUUCCCCCACUGUCCUCUGCAGCGGUGUCUCUGACCCUAUAUUGUCUACAUGUGGCUCUGGCCCCCUCUGCAGCUCUAUCAGUGGCACAGCUCCCAACUCUCCCAUCAGCUUGCCUGAGUCACCCAUCUCCCCGUCCGUCUCAGGGCCCUGGGGAGAUGAAUGCACCAUCUGCUACGAGAACAUGGUAGACACGGUCAUUUACUCUUGUGGACACAUGUGUCUCUGCUAUUCGUGUGGGCUGAAGCUCAAGAAGAUGGCCAACGCUUGCUGCCCCAUUUGCAGACGGGCCAUCAAAGAUAUCAUCAAAACAUACCGCAGCACUUAGAGCAGCAGCAGGUGCUGUGGUGGGGACUGGACAGGUGGGGAGGAGGCUGUGAAACAACACAGGUCUUGGUCUCUAUUCAUCAUCCAGGAGAUUAAAAAACCAUCACCCACCACCACCCUGAUCCCCUCUUCCAUGGACAACAGAUGAGACAAGCUUAGACGCUGCUCUUCUACCCUCCAAGCAAGCCCUGGGGCUGAACUCCAGUGUGUCAGGGAAGUUGCAAUGGACUACUCUCCCUUGUGGAUUUUAAACUUUAUC